AUUAUAAACAAAAAAACUAAAAUGGUACACCUCAUCAAUAUUCAAAGUUCAAAGUAUUUCAUCUUUUAAUGUUAAAACCAUGGAAAACAAGGCUCAACUGGCCCCUAUAACGCAUGUAAUUUUUGAUAUGGAUGGAUUAUUGUUAGAUACUGAGAGUAUUUACACGGAAAUCACUCAAAAAAUCGCUGACAAAUAUGGGAAGGUAUUUACUUGGGAAAUGAAGUCAAAAAUAAUGGGGAAAAGUCCCAAGGAUGGUGCUAAAAUGACCGUUGAACUUCUGGAUUUACCUAUGACUGUUGAUGAUUUCUUAGAAAAAGCUGUUGCUUUGGAGAAAGAAUGUUUUCCUCACUGCAAACCAAUGCCAGGAGCUGAGAAAUUAGUGAGGCACCUACAUGCUCAUAAUAUCCCAUUCUGUGUAGCAACUGGUUCUAAGACCUGGCUAUACAAAGUUAAAAUCAUGAAUAAAGACGACCUAUUCAAGCUUUUUUCUCACUACGUUUGUUCAGAUGACGUUGAACUCAAACAUGGAAAACCUGCCCCAGAUAUAUUUCAGUUAGCUGCAUCUAGAUUCUCAAGUAAGCCACUCUCACCUGCCAAUGUUUUGGUAUUUGAAGAUUCACCCAAUGGUGUUACUGCUGCUCGCGCAGCUGAUAUGAGCGUUGUAAUGGUUCCCGACCCUAGAGUAGACCCAUCUAUGUGUACAAAUGCUACUGUGUGUUUAAAAUCGUUGGAGGAUUUUGACCCUAGAUUAUGGGGACUUCCUUCAUUUUAGGUGAUCACGUUUUUGCUGAGAUAAUUUUAAAGAACGAUGUAUUUAUUACUGUAACAUGUACAUGGAACGUCGCUCAUAUGGGUACCAUUUACUGAUACCUAAUAAAAAUAGAUUUCAAAUUAUUAGAAGUAAUUAAGAAUGUGCAUUUGAUCCGUUACAUAGCUACUCUAGAAUUUAAACAUAUUUAAACAUAUUCUUGAAAUUCUUCAACAUUUUAUUUGUUACGUGAUCAUUUGUAGAAAACAUAACGGUCAAAAGCCAUCACCAUUCAACAUGCUAAUUAAUAUUGCUUGCUUUCGUUUAAAA